GCCGGGCUCAGGGCGCAUGCGCGGCCCGGGCCCGCCCCGCCCGUUGCUAUGGCAACCGGAUGAGGCCGCGGCCUAGCCGGGAGCCCGAAGCCUGGGCCCGGGCCUUGCUUCAGGGGGCGCCGCCGCCAGCCUGGGGGGUGCGGGGGGCGGCGUAGUAAACCAUGGAGUCAGACCUAAAAGCACAGGAGCAUUUUAAAAGCCAGUUUAAGGCUCUUCAGGAACAACAGCAAAGGAAGCUGCAGAAUCUAAUGGAGAGGAAAAAGGACAAGCAGAGCAGUCAGAAGGUUAACAAUGGCGAUGCAAAGGAGACUUUCGGCAUCCCGAAUGAUCUAAACCUGUUUGAAACAGAGCAACCUGUAACUGAAGAUGACAGCAAAAGGUUGCUUGAAGUUGAGAACGAGCAACUUCAGGAUCAGCUUCGAGAGGUCCGGGAUGAGAACUGCAGGCUGUACAAACUGGUGAAAGACAAAGAGUUUGAAAUAAAGCAACUCCAGAAAAAAAUGCAGGAGGACAGAUUGGCUUUGUCAGGGAUGUCUGGUUUAGCAGGGGACGUUGCUGCUGCUAAAAUUGUUGAACUGGCCAAGAAGAAUCGUGAGAUAACUGCCGAGACUGAGAGCGAAAAAGCCAAAGUGAAGCAACUGAAUAACAAAGUCAAAGAGCUGGAGAGAGAACUACAGACAGCUGUGGAAAAAAUACAUUCCCUUGGUGGUGAUGAUGCAGGAAUCAAGCAGUCAACUCUGAAGAAGACAGAAGGAAAUUUGGCCGAGAGUGCAGAGGUGAAAGCAUUGCAAGAAAAAUUAACCACGGCCAACUUCAAAGUGAUGGAGUAUCGGAACCAAGUCCAGUCUGCAAAGCAGGAACUGAAGAUGAUGCAAAAGCUUUUAGCAAAUGAAGUCGGUGAAGAUGUGAAUAUUCAGAGUCUCUUGACCAAUUCUGGCAGCUGGCGUGGGCGAGCCCAGCAAAUUCUUGUUCUCCAAAGCAAGGUUCGAGAGCUGGAGAAUCAGCUGGGUCAAACCAAGAGCAGAACAUCACUGAGUGAAACGGAUGAGGAACUGCUGGCGCUGGCUGAUCCCAGGAAGUUGUCAGCCCAAGAGAAGAACUUGCUGAAGAUUCGCAGCUUAGAAAAAGAAAAGAAAGAAGCCUUGGAGAAACUCACUGGGGAACACGAUGCUCUCCAAAAAAAUCACGAGGAAGUGAAGAAAAAACUCGACGCAUCAAAAGCCAGGAACAAAGUGCUGUGCAGCGAAGUGAAGACCCUGAAGGGACAGAUUGCAACCCUGCUGGAGAAAGGAAAACACGAUGAUGAGCUCAUAGAUGCCUUACUGAGUCAGCUGAAGCAAAUGCAGGAGAUCUUAAAGCACCUGAGCCAGCAGGAUGAGAAGAACAAGGAGUCCCAGCAGGUGCUAGGGCAGCACUUGAACAACGAGGCUCAGAAGCAAAACUGCCUUAUAGAGCAGCUCAGACAGCUGGUGGCUGAACGAGAGGCAAAAGUUAAAGAGCUGGAAGAGGAGAUUGGGCAACUCACACUCCAGAAGAAAUCUGCCCAGCAAGGGGACAAUCCAGGAGCUGCUGUUAUAGCACCCUCCGAGCAAUCAGAAGAUCCACGUUUUACUCUGCUUAAGCCUCUGGCAUCAGGCGGUGAUCAGGCUGGAAGGACUGAAUCUGCUCGCACAGUGUCCAAGAUGGGCCAUAUGCUCGUAGAGUCGGCAGCCACUCAGCCUCCCCUUCUCAGCAAUAACAUCCCACCUGGAAGGCUUGCUGGCACCGACAGCCUGGAUUUCAAAGUGCUGCAGACGCAGAUCACAGAGCACAAGGCUCUCUGCCAGGCUGCUGAAGUGGAAAGAGACAGGCUCCUGGAACUGGUCACUGUGCUGCAGAAAAGGGUGGAGGAAAGCAGUGAUAAAGUCUUGGAAGUUGAGAAGAGGCUUCAGGAAGAGCGGCGGCGAUGUGUCCUUUUGGAGCAGCAGCUUGAAAAACUACAAAUGGAUCCUGGGAGGAACACAAGUACACAGAAACCUCCUCUGAGGGGCAAAACAGGCCAAGCCAGUCACUCAAGACUCACCUUGAACAUGAGUGAUAGGAAGGAGCUCUCUGCAGCCCAGCUCUCCAGGCUGCCUCUGGAAUCGCAGGUCGAGGAGCUGAGCACGAGGCUCGUGAUCCAGCUGGAUGAGAACGAAGCUCUGAAGGCUGCUUUGGAGACUACUGUGAGAAAGAAAGAGGAAGACUUUAAACUCUACCAGGACACAAUGGACCAAGUGAAGGAUAUCUUUCUACAGGCCAUUUGGCAGCAGAAACAGGAGAAGAGUUAAGGAAGAUACUCAGAGUCCUUUGGACUGCAGAGCAGGGAGAGAGAGAGCCCAGGCAGCGUGCCCACGGAUUGAAAUGCAGUGGAAGUGGAGUUUUGCAGCCUCUGAUCAUGUCGUGUCGUCAGCAUUUGCAGGAGAGGAUGAGAAAUGGAAAUUAAAUACAAAAAGACUGAAGAUUUUGCAUGUCAGCGGAUUCUGAGUUAGCAAGCAGCUGGCUCUCAGGCUGCACAUGUCAUAGUUCGGUGCACUUUAGGAAGCUGCACUUCUGCGGUGUGAUUUUAGGCAAAACCUCCCUAGUUUCAAAUGAAUUUUCCUAGAGAGGGCUCAAUACUCAUUACGCUGCCGCUUUUAUCAGCACAUGAAGGAAUUUGCUGUACACAAGAUAUGCCAGCCCCCUUCCAAAGCCAUGCCAAGAACAAACUGAGUUCUUUGUGUAUCUGCACACUGACACCUGCCCCUCUGGGGUUUUAUGUAGUGCUUAAGUGCUGAGGGAGGGCGUUAGCCUGGUAUAUGAGUAUCUGCAGGAGCAUUUUGGGUGGUCUCUGUUGACAAUCCCAGCUUAUUUCUUUGCUUGAACGUACUGGCAGAGUUUUCUGAAGCUCAGUACAGUUUCCACUGGAAAGGAAAACUGGGCAGAUUGCUCCCACAAUCAGUAGGACUUACCUUAAAUCGAGCUCACAUGAAACUUGCCAUCCAGCUUAUCAGUUCCCAAAUUUCUGGGUCUCUGCAGGCAUGCAUCAGGCAGAUCUUGUUCUCAUUAGGAAGAAAGGUUAGUGGAACACCAGCACGUUUUUCCUACAGUGGAGGAGGGACUUUUGGAGGUGCUGAAAACUCUCGCAUCUCGCCCUUUUCUCUUGCAGCGCGGUGAGAACACCAAACGCAAGCUAAUAAGGCAUUAACAUGCAGGCUGCCAGCAGAGAGCCAGCCCUGGGGACUGCAAGCAAAGGGAGAGCUAGUCAUUUCGGAAUAGAGCCGCUUUGUUUUUCAGAUGAAAGUCUUUUGAAAGCACUCCUCUUUCUGCUUUGCUUUCUCUGCCCCAUUGUGCGAGCACGAAGUUUGUCGGAUUUCAGCCCCAACCAGCACAGGGUGGGGCUGGGGACGGGCAAAGCACCGCAGCAUCGGGGUUGGGUUCUGACUCCGCUUGCAAUGAGAUAAGGCAGAGAGGGAGCGGAGCAGGAGUUACUCCAGAUGUGGUCAGAGCCAUGUGGUUCCUGUCUUUCUCCUGCUUAGGUCCGGAGCUGUCUCUUCAAACAGGUCACAGGUGAUGGAGGUGAUGGAGGCGAGAUGCUCAGCACCCUGCCUGUGCUUUAGAGCCCUGCUCAAGCAGAGCAGAGCUGCCAGGUGCCUCUCUCGAACAAGCAGGACCAAAACUGCUCGCUGCCAGAUGCCUCCUGCCAGGAACAUUAGAGCAAAAGACAUCCUGCAACCCACCAGGCACCUUUGGUACGUGGUAGCUGCUACACUCAGGCUGGCAGCUCGCAGCUGGACUCUGAUUUCGCUUACACAGAAGUGUGAAUCGAUAAUAUUUCCCCGUAAGGACACCAGGGGAAAGCUGCCAUCCUUCCCAACACCCCGUCAGCAUCUGUCUCCUGUCCUUGUGCUGCAGCAGUGACGAUCGUACCGCUCCCUAGCAAAAUUCUUCCUGGGGUGGCUCUGAGGCAACCCAGGGAACUCAGAGAGAAACGGGAGUGCUGUAUGGUACAGAACGCAUAUGGCUCGCUAGCACAUGGUGCAAACUUCUUCACAAGUGCUGCAACACUUGUUUCUUUAAACAUAUGCUUGUUUGGGGUUGCACAGAAGCAUUUUCUCCCUUUUUUUCAGUCACACACACAACCACAGGGUGCCUUGAAGAAGGAGGAUACAGAAAGUCACAAUGAAAUGGCUUGUUUAGGGAGCCCAUACCUGUAAGACCUGACUUUGAACUCGCUCUGUGCUGACUCUUGCAGCAACCAAUUCCCGUUUUUCAAGGUAUGAGUGCGAGUUCCUACCAGUGCACAUGGUUCUGUCACUGAAGUUAAGAAGCCCACUCACAUCUUCGAAGCAGCAGCCCUAUUCCAGCUGGCUGCAGCGGCCCCACAUCUCCCAACCCAUCACCCAGAAGCCAAAACCAGUGAGAAUAUCGGUGUCACUCCCUGCAAAAACCCUUCCUGCUGGUCCCCAGCCACAGAAUCUCCCCAGCAAGCUUGAUGUGCUGCCUGAGCCACAUUUCUUUUAGAGAUGCAGCUGGGCUUGAUCUGAAACCUCCAAAAUCCCCUGCUUUCCUUGAAAGUUUCUCCUAGUGGGUAAGUGCCAGCCUGUGAGAAUCCCCCUGCCUUCGUUCUCACUUGAAUUUCUCUGGCUUCAGUUUGCAGCCAGCCGUUACGACGCCUUUCUCUGCUGGAUAAAAGCAGCGUGAGUAUCCAGCAUCUUCUCUCCGGGACAGCCUUCAUGCAGCAUAAAGCCGUGUCACGGGUCGCUUUUUGCUAAGCUCUGAGUUUUUUCAGCCUCGUAGUUGAUGGCAGGGGUGAGCUGGCGGUGACAACGCUCCGUGCUGCUGACGCAGGCUGGUGGCUGCAGUUAAGCUGCGAAGAACAGCCUCAGUUAAUUCUGCUGCAGGUAUUUGAGGCUGUGGAUGCUCUCCGCUAGGAUUCAGCCAGCUUUUAGCCAAAGAGCACGAAUCCUCCAACCGCUCGGGCUGAGCCAAAGGUCAUCUCCUGCCCCGGAGCUGGGCAGAGCACUUCCACGGAGCAGCCAGAAAGUGCCUGACGGAUGCAGCCAGAUUUUAAAAGCGCAGCUGAGCCGCCGGGAAUAAAGCCCCAUGACCUUUGA